AUGAUGGCAAACAAGACAAUAACCACCUUCAUUUUGCUAGGGCUGACUGAUGAUCCUCAAGUUCAAGGUCUAAUUUUUGUGUUUCUAUUUCUCACUUACAUGUUGAGUAUAACUGGGAAUCUGACCAUCAUAUCCCUCAUUUUAUUGGAUCCCCAUCUUAAAACACCUAUGUACCUUUUCCUACAGAAUUUUGCUUUAUUAGAAAUCUUGUUUACAUCUGCUUGUAUUCCUAGAUACUUAUAUAACAUAGCAACAGGUGACAAGUCCAUUACUUAUAAUGUUUGUGUCAUUCAAGUGUUUUUUAUUGAUGUAUUUGGAGUAACUGAAUUUUUUCUUCUGGCCAUUAUGUCCUAUGAUCGUUAUGUGGCCAUCUGCAAACCCCUGCAUUACGUAGUCAUCAUGAACAGCAGAGUCUGUGGAAAGCUCGUCUUCUGCUGCUGGAUCAUUGCGGUGUUGAUCAUACUCCCACCACUUAUCAUGAUACUAAAUCUAGAAUUCUGUGACUCAAAUAUAAUUGAUUAUUUUUUCUGUGAUUCAUAUCCUAUCUUGAAGAUUUCAUGCUCGGACACAUGGCUUUUAGAACAGAUGGUGAUAACCUGUGCUGUAUUAUCUUUCAUCACAACUCUUCUGUGCGUUGUUCUGUCCUACAUAUACAUCAUCAAGACCAUCCUAAGAUUCCCCUCUGCCCAGCAAAGAAAAAGGGCCUUUUCCACUUGCUCUUCUCAUAUGAUUGUGGUGUCCAUCACCUAUGGAAGCUGUAUCUUCAUCUAUGUCAAACCUUCAGCCAAGGAAUCUGUGGCUAUCAAUAAGGGUGUGACAGUGCUAAUGACAUCCAUUGCUCCCAUGUUGAACCCAUUCAUUUACACUCUGAGAAACAAACAGGUGAGACAAGCUUUUAGUGAUUCCUUCAAAAGAAUUAAGUUAACUUCAAAGAAGUAA